AUGUCUCUCAGAUUCAUCCUCCCCGUUUUAGCCGCUAGUGCUGCCGUCUUUGCUCAAGACGAGAAAUGCAGUAACUCGGCCACUACCACAAUCGAGAACAAUGCCGAUGCCACCGGCCUAUCUUCGUGUAAGACCUAUACCGGCAGCAUUGCCAUGGCCACUGGUGUUUCUGGAGAUGUGCAGAUCAGCGGCCUGAAGGAAAUCACUGGUGACCUCGUCGUGGAGGAGAACAAUGGCAUCGGCUCGUUGGGUGCCAGCGACCUCCAGAAGAUUGGUGGAGAGUUCAGAUUGACGGCCGACACGCAGCUCGGUUCGUUGAGCUUCCCUAAAUUGACCGACGUAGACUCCCUCAAAUGGGUUUCGCUGGCCAGUCUCGGCUCCAUUGGCUUCACCUCGGAAUUGACCCACGCCAAAUCAAUCACCAUCAGCAACACCCAGCUUAAUACCCUCGAAGGCAUCAACAUUGAGACUGUCGAUACUCUGAUCAUCGCCCAGAACCCAUACCUCAAGGAGAUUGCCAUCAAGGUCACCAACGUCUCCACUGAGCUUACCGUCCAGGAUAACAACGCUGAAACCUCGGCCCAGUUUGGUAACCUUUUGUCUGCCAAGAAGCUCCAGCUUACUGCCGUCUCGAUGGUCGAUCUCUCAUCUCUGGUUGAAGUAGAGGGCGGACUUGGCUUCACAAACAGUCUUUUCGAGAAUCUGGCUUGCCCCAACUUGACGACUGUUGGUUCGCUAUCCUUCACUGAGAACAAGAAGCUUAACAAUGUCUCAUUUCCUCUGCUCGAGAAGGUGGGCGAAGACCUUGCAGCUGGUGGCAACUCCGAACUCAAGGAACUUGACUUCCCGGAAUUGACCGAUGUCGAGGCUGCUGUCGAUCUUGCCGGAAACUUCACCAAUGUCACACUCCCCAAGUUGAACAAGGUUAACGGCAAGUUCAACCUCCAGAGCUCAGAGAACAUCACCGACGUCUGUGACUACUAUGACGGUCUGACUGGUGACGGCAAGCCUCUUCGCGGAGGAAUCACUUGCGCUGGUAGCCAGGACGACCCGCAGAACCUGAACGGCAACCCCUCCAACUCUGACGAAGGCAGUGGUGCUAUCAAGCUCGGCAUGUCUGCCUUCCUGGGCCUGACGGGCCUUGCCAUGUUCACACUGCUAUAA